UCCCUAAAAAGCAAUGAACCAAAGCAGAAAGAAGAAACAGUGGGAGGACAAAUGCAACUGGGGAUCUUCACAGGAACCCUAUUUCACAUACAGGUGGAAUUGGUGGAAGUAACAGGGGAGUGAGGGGAUAUGGAUGAUGAGAUGGACGAGAGAGAGAAGCAAGUAUACAUGGCGAAGCUCGCCGAACAAGCAGAGAGAUAUGAUGAAAUGGUGGAAGCGAUGAAGAAAGUAGCUAGAUUAGAUGUGGAGCUGACGGCAGAGGAGCGGAAUUUGCUCUCAGUUGGGUACAAGAAUGUGAUUGGAGCUAAGAGAUCCUCGUGGAGGAUUCUCUCUUCUAUAGAGCAAAAUGAGGAAGCCAAGGGAAAUGAGCGUAAUGUUAGGAGGAUAAAGAGCUACAUGAAAAGGGUGGAGGAUGAAGUGGCGAAGGUCUGCAAUGAGAUUUUGUCCACCAUAGCCAUUCAUCUCCUUCCUUCUUCCAUCUCCAGUGAAUCCAUUGUCUUCUUUUAUAAGAUGAAGGGGGAUUAUUAUCGAUACUUGGCAGAGUUCAAGACUAACAAUGAAAGAAGAGAAGCUGCUGAUCAGUCACUAAAAGCCUACCAGGCUGCUACUAGUACAUCAAUGAUGGAUCUGCCCCCGACUCAUUCGAUAAGGCUUGGUCUUGCCCUUAACUUCUCUGUUUUCUAUUAUGAGAUACUGAAUUCACCAGAAAGGGCUUUUCAUCUUGCCAAACAAGCAUUUGAUGAAGCAAUCACUGAGCUCAAUACACUCAGCCCGGACUCCUACGAAGACAGCACGCUAAUUAUGCAGCUUCUGAAGGAUAAUCUCACUCUCUGGACUUCAGAUACGCCACAAGAAACAGGUGAACAACAAUCUAAAGCCACUGACAUGAUCUUGGACAGUUGAGCGGCCAUGAUCGACCUGGUGCUGAGCUUGCGGUAAGUCAACAAACAGAUGACCCUGAUAAUGUUUGAUUCUUAAGUGUGAUUAGGUUUGUGAAAGGUUUAUGAUUCUAAAGAGCGUUUUGUAGCGGUGUUGUUGAAUGAAUAUAAAUAAAUGUGUAUAUGACAAAUCCUUAAAGGAUGUUAAUGCGUGUGUUUGUUAUUACUGUCCCUAAAAAUCUUGAUGUAUUAUCUUAAGACCAUUAAGAUGGUCAUAAUGUUCUUAAGUUGCUUCAACAUUUGCUUCAGAAUCGGAGCACAUGUUCGUCAGUCAGAUCUGACAAAGCAGUAGAUUUGUCCCAAUGAAAAUAAAAGGAAAAACAACAGUGGU